UCAAUAUUUUAAUAUUACACUUUCGUGGUUCAAAUUCACAUUAAGGUUAACAAUGCCUAGUCGUCUUUAUCCUUUGUUUGCUCGCAAAGUGAAGUUUUCCGCGGUUUUCGAACAUAUUUUGCUUGGUCUAUUUCCCCCUUAGUUUCACCUGUGUUUCAAACACAAUUCAAAAUCAGAAAUUGUGUCAGCCGUGGCACAAACCUCAUUUUGAUUGGCUUUCGGCUGACUUCAGCUCAGUGUGUGCUGAAAACGCCAACGGUUUUACAUCCACCCAGGAUGGGAAUCCGGGAUUUGUGGUCCGUUCUGGAGCCCUAUCACGAUCGGAAGCCCCUCUUUGAGCUCUCCGGCAGAGUUGUGGCCAUCGACCUCGGCGGGUGGGUGUGUGAGAACCAAAAUGUGGUGGAAUAUCCAAUCCAGCCGCGUCUCUACCUUCGGAAUCUCUUCCAUCGCACGUGCUACUUGCUGCUGGCCAAUGUGACUCCCGUCUUUGUGCUGGAGGGCGAGGCUCCGUCGGUGAAGUACGACGAAAUCGCCCGGAGAAAUGAUCUCCAAUUCCGGGGCGGAGCUCCAAAGAAAACCACCGCCAAGGGCGCCAAGAGCGAGAGCAGGAAAGGCAGGACGCGCUUCAACGGUGUGCUGAAGCUCUGCGAACACCUGCUGGACGCGAUGGGCGUGGAGUGUGUCCAGGGCCCCGGCGAGGCGGAGGCUUUCUGUGCCCAUCUCAAUCGCGAUGGCCUUGUGGAUGGCGUCGUGAGUCAGGACUCCGACUGCUUCGCCUACGGAGCCCGGAAGGUGUACAGGAACUUCUCGGUGGCCAAGCAGGGCAGCGUGGCGGCCUCGGGAGGAGCUGUGGAUGUGUACGACAUGGAGAAAAUAGGCCCAAUUCUGGAUCUGGGACAGAACAAGAUCAUCCUCAUGGCCCUGCUGGCCGGAUGCGACUACUGCCCGGAAGGAGUGGCUGGCGUGGGGAAGGAUUCCGUCAUAAAGCUCAUUUCCCAGUAUUCUGACGCAGAGAUUCUGCAGCAUGUGCAAAAUUGGCGGCGACAGGAGCAGAAAUUCCGGGAUCUCGAGGACAGAGUCGAGGACAAGAGCGUGUGCGUGAAUUGUGGACACUCGGGGAGGCUUCAGAGUCACUCAAAGAAGGGAUGUGCACUCUGUGGCAUGAGUUCUGGCUGUGAUUCUUCCCUGUGGCGCGACAAGCGACUUCUGAUCCGGGCAGAGGUUCAGAUUCGCCGCAAAGCUCUGCUCUCCGAUGAUUUCCCACAACAGGAUGUCAUCGAUGAAUUCCUGCAAGCAUCAGUGACUCCACGGCAGCUCAAUCUCACGUGGAAGCGUCCCAAAGUGCUGAAAUUCGUCGGGAUGAUGGUGAAGAAUCUGCAGUGGGAGGAAAUUUACGCCUUCCAGAAGAUCCUGCCGCUUCUCACGCGUUGGCAGCUGAGUCACCCCAAACAGGAGGCCCUGGUGACGCCUCGGGAGGUGAAGAAGAAGCGCACAUUGAAGGGAGUGUCGAGCUUCGAGGUGAUCUGGCGAGAGUGCAAUCCUUUCUUCCACGGAUUGAUUCCCGAUGAGCAAAUCACGGCCUUUCUACAGGACAAUCCGGCCGGAAUAGAUUCUCUGUGGACAACAAUCGAACCUGCCGUCCUCCUGGAGGCUGCUCAUCCGCGUGAAGUGCAGGAAUUCCUGGACAGAAGACCACAGAAGAGGAAAAAGAAGCGAAAACCCGAGGAUUCGCUCAGUACGUUCGAUGAGAUGAAGGAUGAGUUGAGGAAGAUUGAGAAAAAGGCACCCAGACGGAAAGGUGUGGUUCCAAAGGGUGUCCAGAGGAUUGAUAAGUACUUCCAGCAGCUGGAGAAGGAGGAUAGCAUCCUGAAGGCUGUUGAGAAUCUCCCGGAAAGCACUGAAGACGUGGAAAAUCUGUCAGAUAUCAUCGCUGGCAUCGUGUCACAGACACCCAAGGUAACCAAUUUGAACGGGAGGGAGUUGUUUUACGAUGUGGCUAGACAAAGACCUGUGAAAGAGCGCCAGGAGGAAGAUAUCGACGAACUGGAUCUCCUUGUUGCCGCAGGAGCUGCAAAUUUCAUGAAUUUCUCCACGCCAAAGGCCGCCAAAUCACUUCCUAUCGCUGAAUCUGAUGUGGCAUACCUUCUGGAGAAUCUCAACACUACUGUUGAUCUCUUUGAGUCCACGCUGGAGCUGUCCAGGAAGGUUUUCGACGAAGCCGAAGACUCCUCAGAUGACAGUUGAGAUUUGAAGGGCGACGCUUUGCGCGCAACUUCACGCGGUGUCGCGAGGAAAGUACCAGAAUU